AGAGAGAGAGAGAAGACACAGCGUUGGCCUCAGGAUGACUGCCGUGGGAACAGACAAGGAGCUGUACGAGAUCUUCGGCAUCAACACGAUGUUUCCCUCUUCUGUGUCCAAUGUGAAGGACAGACCCACGGCGCUGGCCGGCAGUCAGUUUGGAGUUUCAGGUUUGGACGACCGGAGUGAAUCUGGAUCCUGGGCGACAGGAGACCAAAACAGCCCAUCUUUCAACCAAUCACGGGGCUACAGUGAUGCUCCUCACUAUGGUGACCAUGGGAGCGCGUCCCCCUCUCAUAUAUUCAACUCAGGGAUCGGAGGUAAAUCGGAGAGAGGGCCGUACCCGCUUGGACCACAGGUGGAUCUGUCUCUCUCUCUCUGUCCGGAGUUUCUGCCAAGCGUGAUGCCUAUGCCUGGUGAUGAUGCCACGUCUCCUGCCCCUCUCAAAUCCACCAUCUACUCACCUUACCACAGGAGGCCUAACCAGCACAGCAUUGAUGGCCCCCCCGCCAAGAUACAGAAGCUUCCUCCAGGUCUUCCCUCCUCAAUCUGUGUGUCAGCCACGGGAGAAAACUACAGCCAAGACAACGCUGACUAUCCUUCCUCCAAAGCAGCCAACAUCUACUCCGAUACCUUCUGUCCCCAAGACCCCUGGUGUGGUUCCAUGUACUCCCCCAUGCUAGGUAAUUUCCCCCCCAUCGGCCAGUCUGCCCCAUAUACAGCCAUCAAACCUGCAGACAGACUGAAGGGCCAGCCGCUGCCUGUGUCUCCCCAGAACUAUCCCCUGCGUGGUAACGAUGUGAACGGCUCUUUCCAUGCCUCCCCCGUCGGCCUCAUGGCCAGCGGUGGUGGUGCGGCGGAAAGUUCCGGGGUUGAAAUCGGCAAAGCCCUGGCCUCGAUCUAUCCCUCUGAAAACAAUGGGGCCAGUUUCCCCUCCACGCCAUCUACUCCUGUGGGCUCCCCUCAGGGUAUUGCAGCCUCUGCCUCUCAUUGGCCCAGAGGCCCCGCCCAGGCCGCACCAUCUUCCAACCUCGACGGGGGAAUGCAAGCAUUGGGUAAGAUGGAUGACAGUCUGGGUGACGCUUUGCACGUGAUGAAAACUCACGCGCUCGGUCAGAACCCGGGACUGGGCGCCGCGGACGUGCUGAGCGCGUCCGUGUCGGGACACGGAGGAACGGGACUCGGCAGCCUGGGUCAGACCUUCAACAGCACAGGCACCGGACUCGCCAGCCGCCUGCCCGGGAUGGUGGCUAAUCACCCUGACAGUGGAUCUCUCCUGCAUGCUCACCACCCCCCUGCACAAGCCCCGCCCACCACCCAGUCCGAGGGCUUCACCGGCCUGUCUGGCAGUCUGUCUCGCUCUGCACGUUCGUCUAGCUGUGUUGAGAUAAAAAGGGAAGAAAAAGAGGAUGAUGAAAACUCCAUCACGGACAAAUCGGAGGACGACAAGAAAGACAAAAUGAGCCGCACGAGAACAAGCAACGACGAGGAUGAGGAUGAGGACCUGCCGGUGGAGGUGAAGGCGGAGAGAGAGAAAGAGCGACGCAUGGCCAAUAACGCGCGUGAGAGGCUGCGUGUGCGGGACAUUAACGAGGCCUUUAAGGAGCUUGGACGCAUGUGCCAGCUCCACAUGAACAACGAGAAACCUCAGACCAAACUCAUCAUCCUGCACCAGGCUGUCAACGUCAUCCUCAACCUGGAACAGCAAGUCAGAGAACGUAACCUGAACCCCAAAGCUGCCUGUCUGAAGAGGAGAGAGGAGGAGAAGGUGGCAGGUGUUGGGGCGGACCCUCAGAUGCCGCUGGGCGGAGGACACCCCGGCUUGGGCGGGGACGGACACAACCCCGUCAGCCACAUGUGAUCUCAGAUCCUGUGGAGCAGAGCAAGUUCUCAAAACAUGUGGCCUUAUUCUCCCAGAAUUCUUCAGAGUGUAUUUCUACACAAACUUUACUGACAAAUGUCCCUUUUCCCACACUCUCUCCCACGAAUAACGGCAAAUAUCUACACACACACACACACGAUGAACAUGUGCCUGCAAGGACACACACACACACACACACACGCACACAAUGUUUUGUUGAACAUGGGAAACAUACCCACGUUAACCCUUCCAGAAUACAACAGAAAAAAAAAAGAGACUGAAACUCAGAAGACUUCGCGAGACACACAGACAGAA